CCUGGUUGCUUGCCUCCCUCCUCCCUCUGACUACUUUAGUCCCACCAGAGGAACUGGGAAUCCAGACUGCCCUGGGAGAUGAGGAGAAGCUGAGGAAAGCCCCGGGUACCACGGGUUCGUGCUGUGCUCCAUCCUUCCUCUCCAGGAGAGGACAAGGUUAAUCACAAGGACAACCCGAAAUAAGAACUCUCUCUUCACGCUUGUCCGGUGAGCGCAGCCUUUGCUCUUCCCUUGUUGGUCCCAAGCCCAGCCAUGGAGAGAUCCACACAAGAGCUGUUCCUCAACUUCAUGGUUGUACUGAUCACAGUACUCCUCAUGUGGAUUCUGGUGAAAUCCUACCUAGAAUGAAAUGACUGUGCCACACUCUUUGGAGUCGGUGAAAGAUCCAAGAUCAGAGGAGGAUGUCCUUUCUGCUACACAAAAAUGCUUCCCUGUGCACUCUCUGUCUUUGUGUGUAAAAGAAAGUUAUGCAGGCUUUUUUAAAAAAAAACUUUAAAAUACUUCUUGCCUAUAGGCAGCUAAACACUGAAAUGGAUCUGGGAUGAUGUAAAUUAUUUAAUUUAUUAUACUGAGCAUGUCAUAUCUUUUUCCCCCUGCUCAUCCUUUGUAAUUCAUACGUGUUCUUGACCUGAAGGCAUAACGGUGACAAGUGUCAACAUUCAUUUGUCUUUCUUACCUGUUUGUUCCUUGUGCAUUCUUGUGUGGCUUUCAUGGUUUCAGCAUUGUGUACUGGGAUCUACUUAGCUGAAGUAUGGAAACUCUUCUCACAUCCACUGUCGUAAUUGGAAUAAAGAGCUAAAUAUGAUG